AUGUUCUCGGCCACAGCUGACCUCAUAUCAGAUGAACCGACAUAUGUUCACCCAGCACCCUGCCCAGACACCCUCAUAGUCCAGAUUGCCCAGUGGCUGGAGCACCUCGCUGAGACCGACGAGAACUUUGACGUUGCCCGGUACGGCGACAAGUUUCUUCGGCAAUUUUGUCAAGUUCCCGCGAAGCCUCUCCCCCAGCCUCCCUUAGCCUCCAAGGUUAGUCGCAAGCCGGCCUGUCGUCGAGACGGUGACGAUGAGCACGAUAGUAAGUUUGCCCUGGAAUAUACCCGCAAAGAAAGUCCCAAACUCACAACGAUCAGCGCCGAGAAACAAGCGCAGCCGCGCCACUCGGAGUGGCAGGGGUACGGUCACGGCAAGAUGAAUGCAAAUAUUCCAACAGGCGAUCUGGGUCCGCGGUUGUUUGGCUCUGUCUAA